CACAGAUAGGCGUUUAGCUCCAGCUGAAUCAAGCAGAGUGAUCUCGGUCCUCUCCUCUCCUCUUCUCUCCUCUUCUCUCCUCCUGCAUCGGAACGCAGCACAGAUCAUCAGGCGUAAGGAGAGACUGACAGCUAUACACUGGCCAGAUGGAGUUUACUAGAGCUGAGGAGCUGACGGAUGAGGAGAAGGAAAUCAUCAACAGCGUGCUGGCCCGGGCCGAGCUGAUUGAGGCCAUGGAGCAGGAGCGGAUUGGCCGUUUGGUCAAUCGACUGGACACGAUAAAGAGGACGGCGUGCGGUGACGGCCACUCGCAAUGCCUGCUCUGCGGCCAACAGUUCGGCAUGACGGGAGUCAGUACAGUCAUGUGUGAGGAGUGCAAGAAGCACAUAUGCACCAAGUGUGGCAUUCGCAGUAAUAGUCGCUCCUGCCCUGUAUGGCUGUGCAAGAUAUGCAGCGAACACAAGGAGAUGUUGAAGCAGUCUGGUGCUUGGUUCUUCAAGGGGUUGCCACAGCAGGUUUUGCCUUCACCGUUACCCAUUUCGAAGCCGAAAGUCUUCAGUAGUUCUGCUGCCAAACCUGCUCCAUCUGAACCGUCAUCCCAACAGAGCACGACUGCUUAUUCAUAUGUCAACACACAGAAUGGAGAAACCAAGCCUCCUGUGCAAGAAGCGCCGCCUGUCAGUGCUCAGAUCAGUCAGACUCAAUCGGGUGCAGAGAGACAGUCUAAUCUGACAACAUGGAAAAAAGAAGAAUCUGUCAAGAGUGCCAGUCCUUUGCAGCCGUCUUAUCUGAGCUCACAAAUGCAGAAAGGAGUCCCUCAGAUGGAAAGUAGGACGCUACCUACUAUUUCAAACAGCACCUACACUCCUGCCCCUGCCGAGGAUGUGGAGGACUACGACUCAGAUGAUGCCACCACACUGGGGAUGUUGGAGUUUAGUCUGCUCUAUGAGGAGGAAAACAACACUCUGCACUGCAAUAUCAUCAGAGCCAAGGGCCUCAAGCCAAUGGACUCCAAUGGUCUUGCUGAUCCAUAUGUCAAACUACAUUUGCUUCCAGGUGCUAGCAAGUCUAACAAGCUGCGCACAAAGACUCUGCGCAACACGUUGAAUCCAGUUUGGAAUGAGACGCUGGUCUACCACGGCAUCACCAAUGAGGACAUGCAGAGAAAAACCCUCAGACUCUCUGUGAGCGAUGAAGACAAGUUCGGACAUAACGAGUUCAUCGGGGAAACCCGUGCGGUGCUGAAGAAGCUCAAGGUGAACCAGAAGAAGAACUUCAAUGUGUGUUUGGAGAGAGUUAUUCCGGUGAAGCGAACAUCUGCUGGAGGUGCAGUACGUGGUAUGGCAUUGUAUGAGGAGGAGAUAAACGAAGGUGACGAUGCAGAGGAGAGAGGACGUAUCCUUGUGUCUCUUACCUACAACAGUCAGCAGAGUCAACUCAUUGUUGGGAUCGUCCGCUGUGCUCAUCUGGCUCCCAUGGACUCCAACGGCUACUCUGACCCUUAUGUCAAAAUCUCUCUGAAACCUGACAUGGGGAAGAAAGCGAAGAAUAAAACGCAGAUCAAGAAGAAGACCCUCAACCCUGAAUUUAAUGAGGAAUUUACCUAUGAGAUCAAACACAGUGAACUGGCAAAGAAGAGUUUGGAUAUCUCUGUCUGGGAUUAUGACAUGGGAAAAGCCAAUGAUUUCAUAGGAGGCUGCCAGCUUGGUAUCACAGCCAAAGGAGAAUGCCUGAAGCAUUGGUACGAGUGCCUGAAGAACAAAGAUAAGAAGAUUGAACGCUGGCACGUGCUGUUCAAUCAAGUCAACGUCGAGGCUGAUGACUGAGACGCGCCGAUCGACCCGCAUUCUAAAAGAUCUUACUUUGUGACUCUGUACGAUCCUGUCUUCCGCCAUUCAUUUUCAUCCCUCUCUAUAGACUGCUCCUACUGUGCUAAUUAGCCUGACUUCCUGUACGAUAGUGCACUUCCUGCUUCAUGCUCUUACGACGAGCUCUUACGUAAUUAGCGGUUUAGACCAUCUUUGACUGUUUACCUGUAUUUAAAUGAAUCCACUAAAAACGUGUUACUUAGAUACUGAAAAAGUAAACGUGACUUCGAAUGUGAUGUAAUUGCAGUAUUUGAAUCAUGAGCAUCUUCCCCUGAUUCAUUUUGACUUUAAUGUGAUGAAAUGGCUGCUGGAAUAAAAUGGAUAACUAAUCUGCACAGUAAGUGGUACAACAGAUCAAGCUACAUCUUGUAUACAGGUUGUUGUAUAUUGAUAUUCCCAUAUAUAUUUUUCCAAUUUGUUCAGGAACAAAAUUGUAUUUUACACUGCAGAGAAACAAGAGACAAUUAAAAAGAGUAAUACUUGUGGACAAACCCCGAGAGUGAUAUGCAGAAUAAAUGCUUGCCUAUUCAGUUUUAAGAAAAUGUUACUAGUGCAUGGACACUUUCACUUUUAAAAUAUGCCCUUGUUAUAUUGCGACUGAUACUUAAAGAUUAUUUAAUAUAUUUGUUACA